CGCGCGGCGCGGGGCGAGGAGACGGAGCACACCCCAGUGUGGUGCAUGCGGCAGGCCGGGCGCUACCUGCCCGAGUUUCGGGAGACCCGGGCGGCGCAGGAUUUCUUCGCCACUUGCCGGAGCCCCAAGUUGUGCUGUGAGCUGACGCUACAGCCGCUCAGGCGAUUCCCCCUGGAUGCUGCCAUCAUUUUCUCUGACAUCUUGGUGGUGCCCCAGGCGCUGGGCAUGGAGGUUGUCAUGGUCCCCGGCAAAGGACCCACGUUCCCAGAGCCCCUGAAGGAGGUGGAGGAUCUGCUGAAACUGCGACAGAAGGUGGACGUGACCGCGGAGCUGGGUUACGUCUUCCAGGCCAUCACGCUGACACGACACCGCCUGGAGGGCAGGGUGCCCCUCAUCGGCUUCUCCGGGGCGCCUUGGACGCUCAUGUCCUACAUGAUUGAAGGUGGCGGCUCCACGACAAUGGCCAAGGCCAAGAGCUGGCUCUACCGUCACCCUGAGGCAAGCCACCGACUGCUGCGGCUGCUGGCCGAUGUCGUCACUGACUACCUGGUGGGGCAGGUGGCUGCUGGAGCGCAGGCGCUCCAGCUGUUUGAGUCCCACGCGGGGCACCUGGGCCCGGAGCAGUUCCAGGACUUCGCCCUGCCUUACAUCCGAGACAUUGCCCGGGCUGUCAAGAGCAAGCUGAAGGAGGAGGAGCUGCUCCUGGUGCCCAUGAUCAUCUUUGCGAAGGACGCGCACUACGCGCUGCGCGACCUGGCCCGUGCCGGUUACGAGGUGGUUGGUCUCGACUGGACCAUCCGGCCCCAGGAGGCUCGUGCACAGACAGGGAAAGAUGUCACUCUGCAAGGGAACUUGGAUCCCUGUGCGCUCUAUGCACCCAAGGAGAAGAUUGGCGAACUGGUGAAGAAGAUGCUGGAGGCUUUCGGGACCCAACGCUACAUCGCCAACCUGGGCCACGGCCUCUACCCAGACAUGAGCCCUGAGCACGUGGGUGCCUUUGUGGAGGCCGUGCACGCUCAUUCCCGCCAGAUCAACAAGCACAGCUGAGCCUGGGGGCUUGGGGGACAGGACUCUGGUUUGGGUACAGUCACCCCAAGUCGUGUGUCCUCACAGGGCUCGCUCCAGGCUGGGCUGUGGCAUUAAACCAGCACCUUCUC